GGAUUUUUUUCUCUCGAAAUCACGGAAUCUGUUUAUAUUCGACAUAACAUAUAAACCCAAGGUUCGCUGGUUCACGAUCCUCUCACUCAUCUGCAGGCCAAGCAUUUUCUGUGGCACAACACAAGCGAAUAGAUACUAGCGCAUCAUCCAAGCUCUUGGCAUUCAAACCCUCCGCUCGAAUCGAAUCGCUCCUUUGCCCUUGUUCGCUUUCCUCUUUGGGGAAUUUUCUUGGUCUUUGGAGAUACAACGAUCUUGGCAUUUUUCACCUUGUUGGACAAACCACAACAACUUAUACGAUACUUUAUCCCUGAGCGCCAUUCGCACUUUUUCUCGAAAACAUGGCGGACGCUGCUGAUAGCUGCAAUGGCGACCCCGUCGAUCUCGGCCACAAGGGUCUUCGAAUCGGCGCCAUCUUCAUCAUCAUGGCAUCUUCACUCAUCGGCGCCAUGUCCCCCAUUAUCCUGGCGCGACAGAAGAAGAUCCCCGUCCCCAAGUUUGCAUUCUUCAUCUGCAAGUUUGUUGGUACCGGUGUUAUUAUAGCGACGGCGUUUAUGCACCUGUUGGUGCCCGCCGUCGAGAACUUGACCGACCCUUGUCUCGAGGACCGGCUUGAUGGAUAUGACUGGGCUGAGGCGAUUGCUCUCAUGACUGUCAUUGUCAUGUUCUUUUUUGAGAUGCUCGCUACUAGGUUGACCAACGAUGAUAUGGAACACAACCAUAAGACCGACAUUGAUACCGAUCUUGACCCUGCUAUGGAUGUCGCCAAAAAGUCAAUCAGCCCCAAGGCCGAGGGACUCAAGCAGGCGACUGAUGUUGAGAUGGGUCAGCGACAGCCUGGUUUUGCCCCUGUUGGUGAUAGCCACCUUGCCCACGGUCGAGAGCACAAGGAGGGUGAUUCUCAGGGUGGUCUCGCUGGCCAGCUCCUCGGUAUCUUUAUCCUCGAGUUCGGUGUCGUGUUUCACAGUAUUUUUAUCGGUCUCACCCUCGGAACCAUUGGCACCGACGAACUCAACGUUCUUCUCAUCGUCCUCGUCUUCCACCAGAUGUUCGAGGGUCUCGGUCUCGGCUCCCGACUGGCUGUCGCUCCCUGGCCUAGCAACCGCCAGUGGAUGCCCUACCUUCUCGGGUUCAUCUUUGCCCUUUCCACCCCUAUUGGCAUCGCUGCUGGAAUUGGUGCCAAGCCCAACAAUGCCAGUGACCAGAAACUCGUCAACGGUAUUUUCGAUGCUAUCAGUGCUGGUAUCUUGAUCUACACUGGUCUGGUUGAGCUCCUGGCCCACGAGUUCAUGUUCAACCCCUACAUGCGCCGUGCCCCUCUCAAGAUCCUGUUGACUGCAUUUGCCUGCGUUGCUUUUGGCGUUGCAGUCAUGGCUGUCCUUGCCAAGUGGGCUUAAAAAAGAAAGAUUAUGGAAUGAUUGGGUCAGCCUGGCUGACUUGAGUUGAAGAGGUGGACGUGGUGGAUGUAAUUGGGGGGUUUGACGCUUGCAUCAGCCUGCUUUCUAGUGAUACCUCUCUUUUUUUUUUUCAUAGCAUAUUAGAAUUACAUGGGGAAUUGAACCAUGGUUACCUUCUAAAUCUCAACCUUACUCCGUAGUUUAUUUAUUUUGAAGUUG